AUGCUGUCGUUGCCAUAUAGGCCCAACUGCUUCGAAAACUGUUCUAAAAAAGUGCUUUACACACAGUGCACUAUACCUUGUCCAGGGGAGUAUAUCUGGUCUUCAUGCCUUUAUGUUUUGUCCGGAUAUGCACAUCCUAUCGCCCAGCAAUUCCUCUUCUCGCACCAGAGCUGUUUUUCCUACUCAUGUCAUUUCCAUCAACAAGUGACACUCGCUUCUUUGAGACCCAUCUUAUCUACUCUUACAAAAAUGGCUUUCUUGCGCCAAACCUUGUUCUUCCUGACCAUUGUAGUUAUUGCUACACGAAAUGUUGCACACGCUCAAGACGAUUUCGGGCAGGUGCUUCUCGAAGCCUUUACCACAGGCAUGUUUGACGGGGACAAUUCGGGACAGUCUCAACCUGGACCCGUUCCGACUCAAACACCCUCAGCGCUAGGCUUCCCCAGAGUCACAUUACAACCUGCGGUUCCUGAUGCGUCGCUUGAAUUCGAAACAAGCACCCCGGAGGAGCUUGGGACUUCCGCCAGCGAAAGUCCUGAAGGAAGCUGGGAGAGUUCGCCUGGCGGAAGCCCAGAUGCAACUCUGGAGUUCAACUUUUUUGUGAGUCCUUCCCCUUCUUUUGAGUUCGACCUUGCUGCAAGCCCUGCGUACACCCCGCAAGAAACCGCUGAAGAAACACCAGAACCUACUGAAGUAUUAGGAAACAAACCUGUUGAAACAUUGGAACCCAUUUCACAGUACGUGGAGCCGAGCCAAGCCCCAUUGGCAGACCCCAUGACAGGGCUGUUUGACAUGUCCCUCGCGAGUCCAAUCGAAGACUUCGAUCAGUUCAGCUCGAUGGAGCAGGAAUUCAUCGCAGGGACGCUCACCAUGCGCAAGCCUAUCAGAGUCAACUGCGGGAGCUUCGACGACAGAAACAAUUUCAAGAAAGAUGUGAACAAGUGGUUUGACAACCAAUCUGUAGCUGUGGAGGACAAAUUUGCUAGUGCCUUAUUCGAGACAACCCCAGAAGCCCUCCUGUACUCCACAUAUCGCUAUUCCGCAAAAAAUCUGACGUAUACAGUUCCCAUUCCAAGCCAAGGGAUGUGGAGAGUGACUUUGCAGUGGGCUGAAAUUGAUCCGGCAUACAUGGACGAGGGCGCCCGCGUAUUCACAGUUGAAAUCAAUAGAAUUGAGCGCGACGCUUCGGUUGAUGUUUAUCGCGAUUCUCCAGCCGGAAAGUACUCACCUCUCGUCCGAACAUACGUCGUGGACGUGAUAGACUCGUCUAUAGUCAUAACGUUGGGUCAGAAGGUUGGCGAACCAAUGCUGAGCGCUUUUCAAGCGACUCACAUUAGUCCCUUCACAAACAACACGAUACAGAGGCGACGAAAGUGCGAGACCAAAUGA